CAAUCCCACAAUUAAACCACGUGCCGCUCUCCCUUCGAGCUCCGCGGCCGGUCGCGGCCUCCGCUCGAGCGGCGGCGACUGGAGCGAUCCCCCUCAGCAUCGCCGCCCCAACUUCUCCUUCCCCUUCUCUGAAGAAGAAGGUUCUUGUUCCCAUCGGGAUGGGCACGGAGGAGAUGGAAGCCGUCAUACUUGUGGACGUUCUCCGUCGAGCCGGCGCCGAUGUUCUCAUGGCUUCUGUCGAGACGGAUCUUGUGGUGGAGGCCUCCUCGGGUACCAAGCUGGUGGCAGAUGUUGGCAUCGAUGCGUGUGCCGAUGAGGUGUUCGAUCUUGUGGCGCUGCCGGGAGGAAUGCCAGGUUCUGUGCGCUUAAGAGAUUGUGAGGUUCUUCGAAAGAUUACAAUCAAACAAGCAGAGGAGAAAAGGUUAUAUGGUGCCAUAUGUGCUGCUCCUGCUGUUACUCUGAUGCCCUGGGGUCUACAUAAAAGAAAGCAGAUAACUUGCCAUCCAGCCUUCAUGGAUAAGCUGCCUACCUUCCGGGCAGUGAAAUCUAAUAUCCAAGUCUCUGGGGAGCUCACAACCAGUCGUGGCCCUGGCACAACUUUUGAGUUUGCUCUAUCAUUUGUUGAACAGCUCUUUGGUGGUGAUGUGGCAGAAGAUAUAGGAAGAAAACUGCUGGUCCCAGCACAUGGAUGCUGUCAGAGAAAGGAAGAACACAACAAAGUUGAAUGGUUCUUUGAUCAAACCCCUGAUGUUCUUGUUCCAAUUGCUAAUGGCUCCGAAGAGAUGGAAGUGGUAAUGCUGGUGGAUAUCUUGAGGCGAGCCAAGGUGAAUGUUGUGGUUGCUUCAAUUGAAAAGACGAAACAGAUAAUAGCAUCCCAAAAGACAAAGAUAAUUGCAGACACGUCUAUCAUGGAUGCUUCUAAGUCGACAUAUGAUCUGAUCAUUCUUCCUGGAGGAACUGCUGGAGUUGAGAGGCUGCAGAAAUCUAGAAUUCUGAAGAAAUUACUUCGAGAACAAAUGGAAGCAGGAAGAGGAUAUGGUGGGAUAUGCUCGUCUCCAACUAUAUUGCACAAGCAUGGCUUGCUCAAGGAUAAAAUAGCGACAGCUCAUCCCGCUUCUAUCGGGAAGCUGACCGGCCAAGUCGCUGAGGGAGUUGGAGUUGUAAUUGAUGGGAAGACCAUCACUAGCAGAGGCCUUGGGACCGUGAUGGAUUUCUCCUUAGCUAUUUUAGACAAGAUAUAUGGACAUGCACGGGCAAGAAGUGUGGCAGAAGGGAUUGUUUUUGAGUACCCAAAAAAAACCUGAGCAAGACUUGUUAAAAGUUCAUAAUCAGAAGAAUCCAGCAUAAGCAGAAUAAGGGAAUACUAUUUCAGAUUUCGUUUGCGACCUCAAGGAAUCUGCAGCUAACAAAUGCUACGGUGGGGCUCAGAGUUGACAAACCUUGGAGAAUCUGGUUAUCCAUUCUCUAUCAAUGGAAUCAGAGGGAUUGGUCUGGUUAUCCCUUGUGGCCCACAUAAAAGUUUUCAUAUGCUCUUUUGGUCUUUACCAUCUCCACCGAUACGACGAUCGUUACACACGGUUCUGCAUUUCAAGAUUUACAUUCCUAUGGUCAUGCAGAUUCUGGAACAGUUUAAUUGUCAUGGUCAGUUCAAUUUCAAGAAAUGUGGUUUAUAGACUAGAUUGGACUGAUUCGAAUGUCCAUUUAUGGAUAAAGAGGUGGCAGUGGAGAAUUGUUGCUGGUCAAGUGUUGUAAUGUAAUUCGGCAGGAGAAGGAAAAUUUGUUUGUAGAGAGAGAUGUGACGCAGGAGAGAAGGAAACUUUGUUUGUAGAUACAG